AUGCCCAUACCGGGCGCCGAGCAGGCCGGCGCAUCCGAGACCCUGCACGCAGGCCCCAGCAACACCUCUACGACAAAUGGUCAGCCCUCGGCUCCCAGCCGGCGGUCCACCACGACGUUGUUGUCCCGAAGCAACACGUCCCAAAAUGUCAAGGACAAGGAUGGUCCCAAAGGCCUGUCCAAGGCCCUGUCGACAACCCCGCCUGCCAACGUUGGCCUUGAUCCCCUGAGCACGCAAAUAUAUCUUCGAACAACUAGCAAUACCGAGCCCUCAAUCGCUCAGCGUUUGCGCAAUCCAACCAACAGGCCAGAGAGCCCUACACUGGAUAACCUGCAUGAUACCCCAACCAAGUCGUCCCAUGGAACGCCGGAUCUGAACAAGGACCGGAGGAAGGGUCCGUCGUUUCUGAGCCGCCUGGGCAUGCGAGGGUCGUGGAGAAAGGACGAUGAAAUGCCAGACUCAGACUCGGACAUGGGCGAUCUUCGAACGGAUGGGAGUAGCGCACGCGCGGUGACGUCGAUCCGAGGAGCCGGCGUUGGCUUCAUUCCCCUGUACAAGGAGCCGCCACGUUAUAUCCGGGUCAAGCCGCACAACAAAAAGGGACGCGACUUCAACCACAUGUUCCUCGCCCAAGAGUUGCUUGGCAGCAAGCACUCAUCCGACGAAGAGCCGCAGGGCCGGGCUCCGGCCACGGCCGUGGGAAGCAAGAUCCUCAAAGGUGGCGAUGCUAUUUGGGCGGCCGAGUUCAGCGUGAACGGGCGGUACCUGGCUGUCGCGGGUAAGGACCAGACGGUUCGAGUCUUUUCGGUGAUUUCGACGCCCGACGAACGCCAGGCCCACGAGGAAGAGGAGGAGAGUCAAAGCAAAGGCGACGGAGAAAAGCUCAGUGCGCCGGUGUUCCAAAGCAAGCCGACACGUGAGUUUGAAGGCCACACCGGUGAGGUCUUGGCACUGAGCUGGAGCAAAAACGGCUUUCUCCUGUCCUCGUCUAUGGACAAGACGGUGAAGCUGUGGCACAUGAGCCGCCAAGAGUGUCUUUGCACCUUCAAGCACAACGACCUAGUCACGUCCAUCGCCUUUCACCCAACCGACGAUCGAUUCUUCCUAGCAGGCUCGCUUGAUGCCCAGCUGCGCCUAUGGAGCAUCCCAGACAAGGCAGUCGCCUUCUCCGCCCAGGCCCAUGAGUUCAUCACGGCCGUGGCAUUCUCCCCUAACGGCAAAACAGCGAUCUGUGGGCUCUUGAGCGGCCUGUGCUUGUUUUACGAAACAGAAGGCCUCAAGCCUCUGUUUCACAUACAUGUACGGUCAUCGAGGGGAAAGAACGCCAAGGGAAGCAAAAUCACGGGCAUUCGGACUGUCAAAGCUGCCGAUGGGUCAGAAGGUGGUGACGUCAAGGUGCUCAUCAGUUCAAACGACUCGCGCGUACGAAUAUACAGCCUGAAGACGCGCAUGCUGGAGGUCAAGUUCCGCGGCCUCGAGAACCAGUCCAGCCAAAUUCACGCACGCUUCAGCGAUGAUGGCAAGUACGUCAUCUCCGGAAGCGAGGACAGGCGGGCAUACAUCUGGUCAGCAAGCCAUCCGGAGGCAGAGCUAAAGGACAAGCAACCAUACGAGUGCUUCGAUGCACAUCCCGAGGUGGUCACUACCGCCCUGAUGGCGCCAGUCAAAAGCAAACAACUUUUGAGCGCGUCUGGCGAUCCCAUCUAUGACCUGUGCAACCCGCCGCCUGUCCAGCUUCUGAGCUUCGAGGAGAAGUCGGCGAGCCAGACUCGACUUUCUGAAACAGGUAGCUCGGAGCUUCCGCCAAGCUCCAAGAAGCCCGAGGAGACACCGGCCUACAUCGAGCGCUCGAAGCAUAUGGACGGGAAUAUCAUUGUCACCACCGAUCGAACCGGAACCAUCAAAGUCUUCCGGCAGGAUUGCGCAUCCAUAAAGCGACAGCAGAACACGUGGGAGACUGGGUCCAAGUUCUCCGGCAAGCUUACUGGUGUUGGGCGCAGUGCCAGCAUCAUCACCAAAACCAGCGCUGGGAGCCGGGUGAACUCUCGACGCGGAUCCCUGAACCUCGGACACAACCCGGUGCAGGUACAGCCGGCGACGGACAGAAUCAUGAGUUGGCGCCAGGACAUUGAGGGCCGGGGAAGUACGUCUGCGGCAACGAUUAGGAGCGAGCGAUCCAUGUCUCCGAUGAAGGCGAGUCGCUCGCCACUCAAUGCUUCCGCCGCCAAUCUGGCAUCCGAAGCCCGGAGGAAGCCGUACGCCUCUAGCCCAAGUCUUCGUCCACAGCACCCAGGGAGCCCCACAAGCAGUGUGCAGACGAGUAUGGCCUCGUUACAGACACCCAAGGACGAGGAAGAGUCCGGUGUUCCACCGACACCAAGCUUCAGUCUAGUUAGCUCGCCCGACCCAGAGCCCCAAGAUGCCAAGGGAGAAGGGAGCUUCUGGAAUCUGGGUCGCUGGAAGCCCAGCCUCCCCACGCUCUCGGGCUUGCGCUAUUCUACAACCUUUAGCAGCCCUUCCACGCCAACCGGAUCGCAUCCUGCGGUAGCUCACGCCAGGACGGAGAGCGAUGGCCUCAGCCCUAGAGCAGCCAAACCCUCGGCUCGGAGGAGCAUGGGCGUCAACGAAAUCCGUCGCCUAAAAGGGACCGACGAUGUGAACAGACGACGGUCCACGGGCCCGCUCCUGAGCGUGAAGCCCAGACUCAGCGAAUCUGGCUCAGUGGAGGAGUGCAUCGACGAAUCCCCAGAGACGGGAGACGAGUUGUCGAGCAGCAAGAAGCGCACAGACUCGGGAGUGGCCGAGCUAAGUGCUGCAGAAUCGACCGACAGCGACAGAAGAGCGUGCCGAGAUUGCGGGAGCACCAGCUUCGAGGCCAAACGGUACGGGAGGGAGCGGACCGUACAAGUGUGCAACGGGUGCGGGACCAAGACAUGA